AUGACGUUUAUGUGGAAGAUCGCGGACGGCAGCUUCACGCGGAACUUCUCGGAGCACACGGCCCGAGUGCUGCAGAUCACGCCCCUGAACGACGCGGCCUACUUCUGCGCCGCCACGCCCAAGGAGGCCAUCAUGUGGCUCACCCACGGCCUGCACGGGGAGGAUGCAAUCGGCAUGGAGUACAGAUCAGAAGAACGGCGCAAACAUCACGGCGCUUGCACUGUGACCGGCUGCAUCGGCUUGGCGAGCUGGGAGACCGCCUUGAUCGGUCAGAACAACAGCUUCGUGUCGAUGUGGGAGUGGAAGGGCAAGCACCAGAUGUACGUCCCCGUGGAUCCCAAGCUGGCCUAUGAGUGGCAGGUGAAGAAGGAUGUGGGCUACUACGAGCAUUGGCCCGUGUGGGACCGUGACAACGUCAUCAAGAAUGAAUACGUGAAGUGGAUGUUGGACCGCUAUCGCCUCCGUGACGGCUACGUGCGACGCCUGCGGGGCCGGCAGCUUGAGGACUCAGGCAGUGAGGAGGAGGAGAACGAGUACCCCUGGUGGCUACCGCUGGCGGAGAAGAAGCUGCACAGGGCCGGACCCAGCGCGCCCUGGACGAACACCUUCACCAACCUGCGCUGGGGGGAUGUGCCGAACUUCUACUACGAGCCCAAUGGCUGGGGAGCAGUGACCAGUAUGGCGGAGAUCGUUUCGGACACCCUGUUCGCCGUGGGCUAUGAGGAUGGCAGCAUCAGAGUUUGGCGGACCUACAAUGGCUUCAUCGUGGCCGUCAUCUCCAAAGCGCACGCGGGGUCUGUGGCCGCUUUGGUCUCCGCACCGGCGGGUAACAUGUUGUACUCCGGAGGCGACGACGGGUGGAUCCGCAUUUGGGAGGCGUCCACGGGCAAGCCGCUCGGGGCCAUCUACGCAGCCUUUGCGGGGCCCAUCUUAGCGAUGGACAUCAUCCCCGGUGGCAGCGCCUUGUACUCGGCCCACGCCAGCGGGCGCUUCAUCCUGUGGGAGCUGGGCACGCGGUCGGCCCUCUGCCAGCUGGACGCCGAGGGGGGCAAGAUCAACUCCCUGGAGUCCCGCCCGAACGCGGAAACGCGAUUCAUGGAGGGCUUUGGGGGGUGUAGGUGGGGGGGUGGGUGGGGGGGGUUGCUGGGGGUUGCUGGGGGUUGGUGGGGGUUGGUGGGGGGUUGGUGGGUGGGGGGGGGAUAG